AUGCUCACCUUCGAGCAAAACAACUUCCAGGGUGUCGUCGACAUCAUGGAGAAGCUCACGACCCUAGGCUUCAACGAAGUCCGUCACGAGGUUGCGACCAUUGAUGCUCAACCCACUGCCGCUGGCGGUGUCCUUGUGAGCGCGGUCGGUGCUCUUAUUACCGACGGCGAGGAAAGACCCCAGAACUUUGUCCAGACAUGGAACCUCAUGCCUGAAGGAAACGGCGGAUUUUGGAUCGCGAACGACGUUUUCCGUCUGAUCUUCCCUGCCGUCUAA